AUGUUUAAAUUGAUGAUGCUGAUCGCUUCUGCGGCCUUGCUGCUGGUAAGCCCCGCUGUGGCUAAGCCCCAAGUGCUUGUCGACUACGGCUACUAUGCCCCGGCAUCCUACACUGAAGGCCACAGACGCGGCUGCGAGUCGCUCGCGCCGCUAUUGUGGCAGUGCGAUCUCACAAUUCGUAGACUUCGGUCGUCGACGUUACAAUUGUUAUUCGCGCGCACAGCAAAACAUUUCGAGAAUGUCACAGUCAAAACCUAG